GGCGCAUCUGUUAUUAUUAAAUCAACCCUGGUUUCUCAAAAGGAUCUAGGGAAGGACUGCAUUUCCCAGGUGGCUUUGCAGCUUCGAAGCCGGAAGAAGCGGCGAGCUGGGGCGUCUUCGUCGGAGGAGCUCAGUCGCGUGGCUGGCUUGCCUUCUGUGGUUUCACCACCAUCAUUAAAAAUCCUGCAUAGAUCUUUUUAACUCACCAGCCAUGCUCAAAGACAAAGAAGCAUUUCAGAGACUCAGUUUCCUCUACCAGGCAGCACAUUGUGUCCUGGCACAAAACCCAGAAAACCAGGAGUUGGCCCGCUUCUAUUGCCACACACAGAACAGCAUUAGCCGACGGCUCGUCUUAAGACAGGACCCCUCUGUGAAAAGGACCAUCUGCAAGGCUUGCUUCUCCCUUCUGGUCCCUGGAAUUAGCUCAACUGUGCGGCAGAGGAGAAUAAGAGACGGAGGUGGUUUUAAAAAUCCAACAUCAACUUUAGGUUCAACUAGAUCAAAAGGAUCAAAACAACUUAAUUCAGAGCGCCGAAAUCAACGAUGGACAUCUGUGCAGUGUCUCAACUGUGGCCUAACCAAGCGUUUCCUCAGCAACCCAGAAUACAAGCUAUGGUCAGAACAACCAGAGGCAUUACUAGAGAACCAGAUACCAGCAGGUCAAGGGGCUAAAGGCCAGGCACCUAGUUCAGUGCAACAGCAGCGCAAGGGCCAUCAAGUGGAAAAGGCCACAGCCUCAAGUUCUGGACCUCACAACCCCCCGGCCCCUGAAGAGACCACAGUGUGCACCAAGUCUGAAGAGAAGACAAAGCCUAGUGGAAAGUGACGUUUUCCUUGGAAACGGGAUGUUGCAGCUUGGAAACGUUGGGAAAGUCGCACGGAAUCCCAGCUGCGAGAGGAUGGAGAGACUUUGUGUGUGUGUGUUUGAAUAAAAAAGUGGAAGGACUGGGAUUGCAAGAGGGGUCCUCCCAGUUCCAGGGAUUGGGGGUAUCUGGCCUUCAGUCUAAGAGAUGAAAGAUGAUGGGAGGUCAUGUAACAAAGCUGCAGCUGUCAUGCAUGUCUGCCUGCAGUUCCAAGGAGUAUAAAUGUUCUCUUGGAGUGGCCCUUCUGUGCGGCAACAUGACAUGGCCUGCACCCGUUAGCAGAAGAAUACGAGAACCAUACCAUGUGUUGUUGAUGCCAACUUUUUUUGUUAAGACACUGUCACU